AAUGUUUUUGAGUGUAUCUCCUUAUGUUCUUUUUUAGUGGUUGCUCUAGGUAUUACAUGACAUAUACAAAGCUUAUCACAGUCUAAUGGUGUCAGCAUAUUACCAGUUUCAGUGAAGUGAGAAAACCUUACCUCCCUUUACCCUCCCCAUUUAAAAUACACAUUUAGAACCAUGUUAGACAGUUUUAUAAUUUUUGCUUCAACUGUCAAAUAUAAUUUAGGAAACUCGAGAAGAAAAGGAAAGGGUACUGUACCUGUUCCUAUUUUUAUUACUAUGUUGUUCCUCCUUGAUGUUCCAAGUCUCCUUUUAUCAGUUUUUUUCUGCUCAGAACUUUAAUCCUUUUCAGGCAGGUCUGCUGGCACCAAAUUCUUAGUUUUCCUUCAUUUGAGAAUGUCUUAAUUUCACCUUCAUUCCUGAAGGAUAUUUUUGCUAGAUACAGGUUUCUGGGUUGACUGAUGAGAAAUCUGCUAUUAUCCUAAUUGUUUUUCCCCAUAGAAGAUGUCGCUUUUCUCUUGCGAGCGACAUCUUGCAAGACUAAAUUUUUUGUCUUUAGUUUUUAAAUGUUUGACUGUGAUGUAUCUUGAUGUGGAUUUCUUUGUGUUUACGCUUUUUGGAAUGCAAUUCAGUUCUUGAAUGUGUAAGCUUCUCUUCUUUUGCCACAUUUGGGAAGUUUUCAGCCAUUAUUUUAGUACUUUAACAGCCCUGCCCUCUUUCUCUUCUUCCAGGACUCUAAUAAAACAAAUGUCAGUUCUUUUGUCACAGUCACACAGAUUCCUGGUACCCUGUCAUUUUUUUAAUUCUAUUUUUCUGUUAUUCAUAUUGGAUAAUUCUAUUUUCUAUCUUCCUCCUUCCUUCACAGAUUCCUUUUUCUAUCCCCUCCGAUCUGCUGUUGAUUCUGUCUGUUGAGCUUCUUUUGUUUUUUUCUAUUUUUCACUUCUUAAAAUUUCCAUUUGGUUCUUGAUAUCUUAUAUUUCUUUGCUGAGUUUUAUAUUUUUUUAAUUUGUUUCAGACAUUCUUAAUUAUUCAUUGAAGCAUUUUUUAUAAUAGCUAUUUUAAGAUCUUUGUCAGAUAAUUCUAACAUCUCUCAUCUCAGUGUUUGACAUCUUUCUUUUCUUAAGAUCUUAGUUCUUGGAAUGAGUUUUGUUUGUUUCUGUUUUUUUGUAACCUAGACAUUUUGCAUCUUGUGUUAUGAGACUCUAGAUCUUGUUUAAACCUUCUCCUCUAGCUGACUGCUUUUGACACUGCUUCAUGGGGUGGGGGCACCUUAUUACUGCCAGGUGAGGGUGGAAGUCCAAGUUCCUCACUCUGUCACUAGAGAGGGUGGGUGGUGUGUGUGUGUGUGUGCGCGCGCCAGGGGGUGGGGGUGAUAUUCCUCAUUUCUGCUGGGUGAGCGUAGGAGUUACGGAUCUCUACUAGGCCUUCAUUGGUGUCUCCCUGGCUGAGGACUGGAGUUCCUCAUUACUACUCCCCACGUGGCCUCCACUGACACCACAGGAGGGCAUGUGGCCUGAUUACCAUGGGGCAGUAUGUAGGUCCUGAAUCUCAACUAGGCCUCCUUUGAUACCACCCGAGAGGGAAGGGAGAAAGGUACUUCAUCACUGACAACAGAGGUGGAAGUCUAGGCUCCCCAUGCAGUUUCCACUGACACUUGGGGGAGGGGUCCUUAUUAAUGCCCAGCAAGAAUUAAAGUCCCUGCUCCCUAAUCACCCUUCUCUGACACUAUUCUGGUGUGGGAGUUGGAGUGUCUUGUUACAACCUAGUGAGGGUGGAAGUCUAUCUGGCUUAUGCUGAUGUGGGUGGGGAUGAGAACCAGUUUUUUCUGUGUUGGCCUGGAGUACAGCAGUUAUUGUUUAAAUGAGUUCUGUUUUAUAGGCAGGCUUCCCCUUUCCUAGCCUUUUGGCUAGAGAAGGCAGACUUUUGGCUGGGGGUACAGAGGGGCUUUUUGACUACUCCAACUGGCAUUUGCAGAUUGCCAGCUUUUUCAGCUCCAAGUUUGUGAUAUAUGAGACCCCAGACAAGGGAGAGAAUUCACUACUGUGAUGUUUCUCGGGUCCCAAGGGCCCUAGCUAAUAUACUUUCUCCUCUCUACUUUUUAGUCUUAUGUUUGUUUUAUGUGUAAUGUCCAGGGGUUUUAGUUGUACUUAGUGAGAAGAAUAGGGAAAAGCACAUCUACCCCACCUUCCCAGAAGCACAAAUCCUAAACCUCACUGUAUGAUAUACUUACAGGAUUCUCUGUUUCUUGGCUGGUUAGUGAUAAAAUUUUAUAGCAGCUAUAAAGAUUCAUCUUACCUCAGAAGCAUGGCUGGUUUCAUAAAUAGCACAGUACUUAGUACAUUAAAUAAAUGUUUACUGAAUGAAUAUCUACCCAUAUCUAUCUAGCAAAAUAGUAACUGCUGAGAUCUCAAACUGUAAAUAAGUUUGAAGUUGAUAUUAGAAAAUAAUGGAAUAAUUAGGUUUGUAUUUCUAUGCAGUUCCAUAGUUGGAGGGUGUGGAAUCAGUGUUUCAUGACUUAAGUGAGCAAAGAGUAAAUAUAAUGGAAGUAUCUUACCUGGGACGUAUCAAUGAUGAUAGUCACAGCAAUACCUGAAAAAUUGUGACCUUCAGUUAAUUCCUGGUAUUUUUCAGGUAGUUUAUGUGGUUAAAAUAUAUAUAUUAUUUAUAAAUCUGUGAAGUAAAAUAGGAAUAAAGAGCGUUCUUGGUAACUUUUUAGGUGUUUAUGGAACACUAGUUGCCUGCAUGUUGGGCUAAUCUGAAACCUCUACUGCAUUGUUUGUAGCAGAUAUCGAAGAAUUUUAAUAGAAAAGAUAGUUUAUAACUGUUACUACUAAACCAGAGAUUCCCUGAAGUAUAGACAGUCAGAAUUUUGGAAUGAGACUAGGAUAGCAAAUAGAAAAGAACUGGUGCUUUCCCUUGCAUGUGGAAAAAAUAACUUUUUAAAAAUGGCAGUAAUACUUGUGAACAUACAGGAUAAGGACAAAAGAGGAGGGAAGAAUAAAUGCAAAAGGGGUAAAGUUUUAUACAUGGUUGGGAAUGCUGGAGUGGAAUUACCAUUGAUUGUAUUUGUUAAUCAAAAUGAGAAUUUUCUUUCACGAUAGUAGCAUACACUCUGCCCUAAGCUUGAAUUUCCUACUUAAUCUCCAUGUGAGCUUCAUGAAAAUUUCGUGCUUUUCACAGCCACUUUAAAUAAUAAUUGAUGAGCUAGUAAGAAUGACAUACACAUCCAGUUUAUGAGAUUUCAUCUGUUUUAGAACUAGCCAGGAUAGAAUAAGUAAAUAACGUGAUACAUUCUUACAUCAUAAUUAACUGAUCCUGGGUCCUCCAUUUAGGAUAUGUGAAAAUCCCAGUAAUUCAGAAACACUCUUUGACUUCCUUAUCUUCACUUCUCUGUUGCCCCCAAGUUAGAUCAAAAGUGUCAUAUGUUCAGAAGUUUCUGGUGACUAAUAAACAUACCAAAAGAAUAUGGCUGCACAAAUACCAGAAUCUGAUCAGAUAAAACAGUUUAAGGAAUUUCUUGGAACCUACAAUAAACUUACAGAAACCUGCUUUUUGGACUGUGUUAAAGACUUCACAACAAGAGAAGUAAAACCUGAAGAGACCACCUGUUCAGAGCAUUGCUUACAGAAAUAUUUAAAAAUGACUCAACGAAUAUCUAUGAGAUUUCAGGAAUAUCAUAUUCAGCAGAAUGAAGCCCUGGCUGCCAAAGCAGGACUCCUUGGCCAACCACGAUAGAGAAGUCCUAAUGCAUGGACUUUUGAUGAAAGAUUGCCAACAACUGUUGCACUGGAAAUGAGGAUUCACCUGACAGAAUCCCAUGAAAGCAGUAGCCACCAUGUUAAACCACCUGUCAUGACUGUUUGGCAAACGGAAACCACUGGGGAAACAAAAUUGCUGUUUACCAGAAUAAUCAAAAUAGGUCUUAUUGUUCAAUGAAAAUAAUAAGAUGCAACACUUGUUGAGGCCUUAAGAUUCAGCAGCUUGGUCACUUGAUUAGAGAAAUAAACCAUGGUUUCUUCAAUUAUGACUGUUAAUUUUAAAGCAAAAUACGUGUUCAAUCAUGUAUGAGAUAGAAAAAAAAUUUUAUUACUAAAAGGAAAAUAAAUGGAAAUAUCACUGAGCAGUUUAUACUAUAUAGCACCAUAGCAUUCUGACUGGAUUGUGGAUACAUUGAAAUGUUUUUCAAUCAGGAUCAUCCUCCAAGUAUUCCUGUUCAUUCAUGUCUGCCUCAAAUUGCUGGUAAAUACAUAAAAUCAAUUUAAUGCACGAUC